UUUAUAUCGUCUCUGCUGGAGAAGGCACGUCUUAUAGUUCCUUCAGAAUGGGCAGUCUUCCCUCAGAUGCAUCAGGACAACAGCAGCAACGGGUCAUGGAGAAGUGUCCCUAGCUUCACCAACCCAUGUACGUGGAGGUGUCAGCUCUAGAGUCGGUGGAGAACAUUCUUUUAUCCGUUUUUCUGUCGGCGGGAUUGCCAUCCUUACCCGAGCGCACCGACUCAGACCAUCUGCUCCGCUAGAAGCCGCAGGGGGCCGUGAGAGCACCGGGCCAGCGUGGGCAUCGUACGCACAAGAGAAGAUGAAUAUCCAGGUUCUGCCAGAACACAAGCUCUCGUCGGUGGCCCCGCUGAAACAGUGCAAUGUGGAAAAAAAGGAGGUAGAACUGAUAUUGGUGAAGGACCAGAAUGGUGUCCAGUACACCAGUUCUUCCAUCAUUCCCACCCCUGGCCACCACGCAGGUCCUCCCGGAUCCGAGGACGACCGAGAAACUUGGGGCAAGAAAAUAGACUUUCUGCUGUCGGUCAUUGGCUUCGCGGUGGACCUGGCCAAUGUUUGGAGAUUUCCUUACCUGUGCUACAAAAAUGGAGGCGGUGCUUUUUUGAUCCCCUACGUUCUUUUCUUGUUCAUUGCGGGAAUGCCAUUGUUCUACAUGGAACUUGCCUUGGGCCAGUACAACAGGGAAGGGGCAGCUACAGUUUGGAAAAUGUGCCCUGUAUUUAAAGGUGUGGGCUACACGGUGAUCAUCAUAGCCCUGUAUGUUGGCUUCUACUACAAUGUCAUCAUUGCCUGGUCCCUCUAUUACUUGUUUUCCUCCAUGACCAGUGAGCUGCCAUGGCUCAAAUGUGGCAACAGCUGGAACAGUCCCAAUUGCACAGACCCCAAAUCCAUCAAUGGAUCCAUCAUCGGCAAUGGAACGUCCUACGCCAAGUAUAAGAUCACCCCUGCAGCAGAGUACUAUGAAAGAGGCGUGCUACAUCUCCAUGAGAGUCGGGGGAUCCAUGACCUGGGUCUGCCUCGCUGGGAGCUGACCUUGUGUUUGGUCGUGGUGGUCUUCAUCCUCUACUUUAGCCUGUGGAAAGGUGUCAAGUCUUCAGGGAAGGUGGUGUACAUCACAGCUACCAUGCCAUAUGUGGUCCUUUUUGUACUGCUGAUCCGAGGCAUAACUCUACCAGGGGCCAAGGAUGGCAUCAGGGCCUACCUCCACGUCGACUUCAAGCGACUCAACAAUCUAGAGGUGUGGAUUGAUGCUGCCACCCAGAUAUUCUACUCACUAGGAGCAGGAUUUGGAGUGCUCAUUGCAUUUGCAAGUUAUAACAAAUUUGACAACAACUGCUACAGGGAUGCUCUCCUGACAAGCACUGUGAACUGCGUCACCAGUUUCUUCUCAGGGUUUGCCAUCUUCUCUGUGCUUGGUUACAUGGCUUACAAACAUAAGGUGAAAAUAGAAGAUGUGGCAACAGAGGGGGCAGGAUUGGUGUUUAUCAUCUACCCUGAGGCAAUUUCUACACUGCCUGGCUCAACAUUUUGGGCCAUUGUGUUCUUCAUCAUGUUGCUGACUUUGGGUAUUGACAGUGCGAUGGGUGGCAUGGAGGCAGUCAUCACAGGCCUGACAGAUGACUUCAAGAUCCUCAAGAGAAACAGGAAGCUCUUCACCUUUGUCACAGCCUUUGGAACAUUCCUGGUUGCCCUACUCUGCAUUACCAAUGGUGGCAUCUACGUGCUGACCCUGUUAGAUAAGUAUGCAGCAGGGACUUCUAUACUAUUUGGUGUGUUGAUCGAGGCCAUUGGAGUGUCGUGGUUUUACGGUGUGGACCGCUUCAGUGAAGAUAUCGAGCGAAUGAUGGGGUUUAAACCAGGACUCUACUGGAGGCUGUGCUGGAAAUUUGUCAGCCCAGCUUUUCUGCUGUUUGUGGUGAUAGCCAGUACUUUGACAUCGUCAGGCCUGAAGUAUGAUGACUAUGUCUUCCCUAACUGGGCUAACAUAGUCGGCUGGAGUGUGGCGAUGUCCUCAAUGCUGUUUGUACCCGUCUACGCCAUAUAUAAAUUCAUGACUGUACCGGGGACGUUCAAAGAGAGGAUAGCCUAUUGCGUCACUCCAGAACAUGAGCAUCAUUUGGUGGCUGAAGGAAAUGUACGCCAGUUCAAACUCAGACAUUGGUUGGCCAUCUGAUGCCAAAUACCCAUAAUUCCGUCAUCCAUAAUCACAUCUGGCGUUUGGAGUUCCUGUGUGCCACCAAUGGUCAGACAGACGACGACAGCAACAGACUCAAACCUCUUCUCUCUGUGCAUUUACUACCCAAGGCCUUUGUUGUCAAUAGUAGCUUGAAGCACUUUGAUUUCAGAGUUAUGCCUGUUAACAUGUCGAUAGCAUUCGACAGCUUCAGCUCAUAAGGAAGGGACAUCCAGUGGGGAAAGUAUACUGUUUUUUUGCCCACUGACAUCAUUGGUGUCUAUAUACUAUUUUAAUUAAUCAUAACUUAUGAUUUUGUAUAGUUUGUAAUGUUAUUUUUCUCUUGAACAGGACAGAAAUAACCCCAUCUCUCUCUGUACUACUAUACAUGGAACCGAAAUGUGUUAAAUUGUUAAACCUUUUUUUAGGCAUAUGAUUAUUUAAUAUGUUGAUAAACAAUAAUAAAAUAUAAAAACUAAAUAAAUAUUGGAAGAAAGUUCUUGCCGUUGUUUCGGUAGAGUUGCUUAUCUGUGUCAGUGCCUUAUCAAGCGAGACACUCCAUGUUUCUUACAGUCCGUACGGGAAGAAAAAAGAACUGUGUUGACUCAGGAACCGACUAAAUCAAACCACAGUUUGUGGAUGGCAAUCUCUCGAUUUGACCCAGUCCUUUGAUAUUCAAGCCAAAGAGCUGGAGGUCAACAGUGCAUCAAGGUCAAGCUCCUUAGUGAAGAGAAAGCAGGCCUGAUAUAAUGCUUUUGUGUCACAUUCUGUUACAGAAAAGGGAAUAAUGCAUGCAAUUCUCCAAAGCUUUAAAAACAACUGAGACAGGCUUCAUUCACACCCUAUGCUUUGAAAGGCCAGGCAUUAAUCUCAAACAAAGACUAACUUGGUCAUUGCCUGGCUGCUUAGUGAAGGUGAAAAAUUCAGCAAAACAAAUGGCGUAACUGUUACAAACUGUUUUGUAUUAUUGUUGUGUGACUUUUACUUUACCAAUCUUUGUCAGUUCAGUGCUUCUGAGGAAUAUCUGUGGCUUUUCAUCCAAAGAAAAAAUGAUUAAAAAAAAGAGAGGGAGAGAGAGAGUACAUGUGUGUGUAUUGAAAUUUUGUUUCCAACCUUACAGUACAACAGUGGAGGGUGGGUGACAACUGUCAAAUACCUCACUGCACUAUAUAUUGAUUAUUAUGUUAAAUGCAUGAUAUCAACUCUUACAUUUUCACUUGAAACAUAUCUUGUGAUGUUCCACUUUUUCCUCACCAUAGAAGUGCCAAUAUUUUCCUUUAGGAAUGUUUUUGAUUUUCUUUGAUUUGUUUCCUUUUUAUUUAUUGGAGUGAUGUUGAAUUUUAACCUUGAAUCAUAACAGACCCUUGCUGAAAGGAAUAAAGCCACAAAGGAAAAAAAAAAUCAAAUAUAUGUGGAAUAUAUAAGAAUAUAUAAAAAUAUAUAAAUAUAUUCUUUUGUUAUAUCUAAUCUUGUAUUUAUCAAAUUGUUUAUAACAAAACGUGAAUGUAAAGUAUUUUAAAUGUAACUGUCCACAGUCAUACCAUGGUGUUUUGAUGUAUAGCUAAGGUGAACUAUUUAGAAAAAAUAUUCUUCAGUGUAACUCUGGGCUACUUUGUCACAUAUGGAUGUGAACAAAUAAACCUUAGCUUUCCUGGACUAUGUUUACAAAAAUACUGUGUACAAUACCAAUGUCCUGUUGAACGUGAGUGACAACUAUCUAUGAAGAAGUCUAAAGUAUACACUAUGAUAAUAAAGAAUUUCUUCUACACACA